UGUUUAUAGUUGUAGGCCGUGGGCGUGCCUUUGAAUUUUGGUUCUUUCAUCUUUGGGCUCUUCUUCACGCUCCACUUCUCUUCUCGCUUUGCUCUGCUCAAACAAACCUAAACCCACCUCCCAUCCCAAGAGAGAUAUUAGAGAGAAAGAGAGAGACAGAAGAAGACGAAGACGAAGAAGAAGAAGAAGAAGUGGAGAUAAUCGGAGAUGGAUUUGGACCAGUGGAUCUCGAAGGUGAAAGACGGUCAGCAUCUCCUCGAAGAUGAGCUUCAACUCCUCUGCGAAUACGUAAAAGAGAUCCUUAUUGAGGAGUCCAAUGUGCAGCCCGUCAAUAGCCCAGUCACUGUUUGUGGUGAUAUUCAUGGCCAGUUUCAUGAUCUAAUGAAACUUUUCCAGACAGGAGGUCAUGUACCAGAAACAAAUUAUAUAUUUAUGGGGGAUUUUGUUGAUCGAGGUUACAAUAGUCUUGAAGUUUUCACUAUCCUUUUGCUUCUUAAAGCUAGAUACCCAGCAAAUAUUACCCUUUUGCGUGGAAACCAUGAAAGCAGGCAACUAACCCAGGUAUAUGGUUUUUAUGAUGAGUGCCAGAGGAAGUAUGGAAAUGCUAAUGCAUGGCGGUAUUGUACAGAUGUUUUUGACUAUCUAACGCUCUCAGCAAUUAUUGAUGGAACUGUGCUUUGUGUCCAUGGUGGUCUUUCUCCUGACAUUCGAACAAUUGAUCAGAUAAGGUUAAUAGAACGAAAUUGUGAAAUUCCACAUGAGGGGCCAUUUUGUGAUCUCAUGUGGAGUGAUCCUGAAGAUAUUGAAACAUGGGCAGUCAGUCCACGUGGAGCAGGUUGGCUCUUUGGGUCCAGGGUCACUUCAGAGUUCAAUCACAUAAACAAUCUGGAUCUGGUUUGUCGAGCACACCAACUCGUACAAGAAGGCCUUAAGUACAUGUUUCAAGAUAAAGGCUUAGUAACUGUGUGGUCUGCACCAAAUUACUGUUAUCGUUGUGGGAAUGUGGCUUCUAUAUUGAGCUUCAAUGAGAAUAUGGAGAGAGAAGUCAAGUUUUUCACUGAAACAGAGGAGAACAACCAGAUGAGAGGGCCAAGGACAGGAGUCCCAUAUUUCUUAUGAUCAUGGAGAGUUAUUUGCCUGCAUUACGUGUAAACCAAUUGAAGAUUUGUGAUUUGAUGUUGAGACUUGAGAGUGCCAUACUGAGGAAGCCCUGAAUAUGUUGAUAUUUGCAUCUGGCCAAGUUGCUUUAAUAUUUGUGAGCUGUGUAUUAGGUUGCUAAUUGUAACUCCAUCCAUUAUUUAUCAGUUAAUGUCCUCAUUCCAGGAAGUUUCUGAUCCAGCCUGCUCUUGGAUGCUUGUGCUAUUUAUUAGGCUGUUAUUGUGGUUUAGGUAAUUUUAACUAGCAUCUUAUUUUUAUGCCAUGUAUUUUAGCGCGCAUUUGGACUUCCAGACUGGUUUUUGUGCAUAACCUGUUUCCUAGAUAAGUUGGUUCCAAUGUGGGGCAGAAGUAUCAGGAGAAAAACAUGCAAGAGUGAAAGAUGGUAAAGAAAUUUAUUACACCUGAUGCAUCUAUGAAAUGGGAAUUGUCAUCAUAUGUUA